GGGAUGGAGGAGCCGGAGCCGGGUGCGGGCUCCUCCCCGCGGCGCUUCACCUGGGAGGAGAUCGGGCUCCGCACGGGCCGGGGGCACCCGCAGCAGGAGCGGUGGCUGGUGAUCGACAGGAAGGUCUAUGACAUCAGCCAGUUCUACCGGCGGCACCCGGGGGGCGCCCGAGUCAUCAGUCACUACGCGGGGCAGGACGCCACGGAUCCUUUCACAGCGUUCCACCUUGACAAGGCUCUGGUGAGAAAGUACAUGAGCUCGCUGUUGAUUGGGGAACUGGCAUCGGAUCAACCCAGCUUUGAGCCCAGCAAAAACAAAUUGCUGGUAGAGGACUUCCGCGAGCUGCGCACCACCGUCGAGAGGAUGGGACUCCUCAACCCCAACCACUUCUUCUUCUUCCUGCUUCUCCUGCACAUUCUGCUGCUGGAUGUUGCCGCUUGGCUCACCAUCUGGUACUUUGGAUCAUCCUUGCUGCCUUUCCUCUUCUCUGCAUUACUGCUAGGCACUGUCCAGGCCCAGGCUGGGUGGCUCCAGCACGAUUUCGGGCACCUCUCGGUGUUCAGCAAAUCCAAAUGGAACCACUUGGUUCACAAGUUUGUGAUUGGCCAUCUGAAGGGUGCGCCAGCCAGCUGGUGGAAUCAUCUGCACUUCCAGCACCAUGCCAAACCCAACUGCUUCCGUAAGGACCCUGAUGUUAACAUGCACCCCUUAUUUUUUGCUUUGGGAAAGACGCUGUCUGUGGAGCUCGGGAUGAAGAAGAAGAAGUUCAUGCCUUACAACCACCAGCACAAGUACUUCUUCAUCAUUGGACCCCCAGCCCUGGUGCCUCUCUACUUCCAGUGGUACAUAUUCUACUUCGCAGUGCAGCGCAGACAGUGGGUGGACCUGGCCUGGAUGCUGACCUUCUACAUCCGAUUCUUCCUCACCUACUCGCCAUUACUGGGGGCAAAAGGGCUCCUGGGGCUCUUUCUUCUGGUCAGGCUCAUAGAGAGUAACUGGUUUGUCUGGGUGACGCAAAUGAACCACAUCCCCAUGCACAUCGAUUACGAUAAGAACGUGGACUGGUUCUCUACUCAGCUCCAGGCAACGUGUAAUGUUCACCAGUCUCUGUUCAAUGACUGGUUUAGCGGGCACCUGAACUUACAGAUCGAACACCACCUUUUCCCCACAAUGCCUCGACACAACUACUGGAAGGUGGCCCCCCUCGUGAAGUCCCUGUGUGCCAAGCAUGGCAUUGAGUACCAGUCCAAGCCCCUGUUCACUGCCUUUGCAGACAUUGUGCACUCUCUGAAGGAUUCGGGGGAGCUCUGGCUCGAUGCCUAUCUACAUAAAUAA